AUGCUUAUCGGCGAAGGGGUGCCGCAGAUACGCCUGGCGACGGUCCUCCCAAAUGUGGUUCAAGCGCAGCGGCAGGCCGAUAUCCCACCAACGAGAGUCCUGCAACCUCGCAGGGUGCUCAGGUUGAAGUGGACUUUCCGUAGCCGUGCAUGGUGGACUGAGACUACCGAAGAGACUCCCAACUCUUGGGCGGGUGCUUCAAGCGUGGGGAACGUGGACUUGAGCGAGGUGCAAUGGCCCGAGGGCAUCAAAGAGGUCAACCUGCUGCUGUUUGACGGGGACAUUGAGGGGGUGGCGUGGCCGGCGGGUCUGGAACGCCUCUCUUUCUGCGCGCUCCGGCUUAGCUACGGGUCUUCCGGCUUCGCAAAUAGAGGCUCUUUCAAUCGUUCGCUUGUUGGAGCAAAUUUUCCUUCCGACCUGCGAGAGAUCUUCCUUGGGGAUGCUUUUGACCAGCCCAUCGAAGACGUGGUGUGGCCCAGCGGGCUCGAGAGACUGUCGUUCCCGGGCUGCAAUCAACCUAUUGACAACGUGAGGUGGCCGCCGGCGUUGAAGUCCUUGGAAUUUUCACCUCCGUCGCAGAUCUGCCUACGCGAAGACCCAAACACGCGUUUGGACGUGCUUGAGCCCCAUCGGGACCGUUUCAACUCCCCCUUCACUAAUUUACCAGCGAGCCUGGAGGCUCUUUGGCUUGGCAAUAACUUCUGCCAGUCCCUUGAAGGCGUGAACUGGCCGAGUGGGCUUGUCACGUUGGGGCUGGGAUCACGUUUUACAGGGUUGAAUGGCGGUGUGUCGUGGCCCCCGAAUCUUCAAAACCUAUACUUGGUGAAUGAGAUGGAUUGGCUAGAGUACCCCAAAAGCUGCAUGGUUACCAUCGUGAAGGAUUACGACACGGAGAGCCAGUCUUUCGAUGCCGAACGUGAUGGUUUCGACGAUUUGGACCAUGAUUUCUAUGAUCCGGACUUAGAUAACGGGUACGAGGACUGUUUCGAUGGCGGCGAUGACGACGACGGCUCCUAUGCAAUGUGAACAUGAUAUCGUGCCUUGCCUGUAGUGCGGAAUGGUGCAGAAUGAUACGUUGAUGGAUCGGGGUGCCUGAUUGCUCCCCCGGUUCCGCUUGGCGGGGCCGGGUAGAAUGCGCCCUGCGGGAGAAGCGAACGAGUGGGGCCCUAAUGAACGUUCUGAUAGUCGUCGUAGAUGACAACAUCUGGAGACGUGUAGUAUGAAUGAAUACCGAGGCAGCGUCGAGGACCAUGAAAGCAUGGAUCGGACGGAAUGAAAUAACUACUGUAAAACGAAGUGAUGUAGUCUGGAUAUGGAGGUACAUCUUCAUGGACUUUGGCAACGAAUGGGGGAAACUCCGUGCGUUUGCUCGAUAUUACUUUUCUCAAGGUGACACGGCGGGCGUCGGAGGGAUACUUGUGACUAGAAGGAGUUGAUUGCCCGCUUUGCAACGGAAACGGUGAUGAUGGGGAAGUGAAUCAGAAGAGCGAGGGAGCCGUGGAAAGUGAAGUGGAAAAUGUGAAAGGGAAUGUAUUGGAGGCGAUGCUCUCCACCCCCCACACGCUUUGCAAUUGCCACGUAUGGAAACCGAAACUAGGGUUCGUGGCAUGGUUGACGAAUGAAUUAAGC